AUGGCGGACGACCAAUAUGAAGACGGCCGUAUGGCAUCUGAAUCUGAAGCUAUUUUUAAAUCUUUGCUAUACAAAGCUUGCGGCCGGAUAGUGAACCCGGUUUUCGGUUCGACCGGGUUGCUAUCGACUGAAAGCUGGCACUUGUGCGAAGCAGCUGUUGAAGCCGUUCUUAGCGGCACGCCGAUUAGGCAACAGGAUGCUUCAGAUGGCGGUGACCAGCUGCUAAACCCGUCUGAUAUUCGCCACGUGGUGAAGAGGGGGAAAUCUUGCAGCUCCGAUCAUGUCCUUAAGCCCCGGAAGAGCCAGUUCAAGAGGCGCGCUGAGAAGUCGAAGCCGGAGCCGGAGGUUAAGCUGGAUCAGGGUGUAGCUGAGUUGGUGGUGGAGGCUUGCGUAGUGAAUGAGUUAGAUGACUCGGCGAGCCCUGACUCAGGGUCUGGUCUGAGUGAGCACGUAAGUGUUGUUGUUGGUGGCGGCGCAGAAGCUGAUAGCGGCUCAAUUGAGAGUGUCAAUCUGGCUCGAGCCGAUGACGGGGAGCUUGAGCUGGAGCUGACUUUGGGGUGUCAGUGGCUUUGA